AUGGAGCACAGAACCAUCUUCCACCUUAUGGUGACUCUCACCUUGUUCAGUGUUUUCUACCUCCGAGCACUUGCAUUACCUCCCUUAGCGUCUUAUUCUAACAGCAGACUAGGAAACAGAUUGCCAUAUGAAGGAGCAAAUGAACCAGACCAGACACAGGUGUCCUUAAAACAAGACAUGGAUAUGUUGCAGAAUACACUACCAGACAAUGAAAAGUUCUUUCUGGACAUGACCCAGGGUGUUGGCAGGACAUCUAGGCAUGCUGAUGGACUCUUCACCAGUGGUUACAGCAAACUUUUGGGUCAGCUUUCUGCUAGACGAUACUUAGAAUCUUUAAUUGGCAAACGAGUCAGCAAUAAUGUUGUGGAAGAUCCAGCUCCAGUAAAACGUCACUCAGAUGCAGUCUUUACUGAUAACUACAGCCGCUUUCGGAAGCAGAUGGCAGUAAAGAAGUAUUUAAACUCAGUUCUUACUGGAAAGAGAAGUCAAGAAGACAUUAAUCCUGCUAGUCUUCGAGAAGAUAAUGAUUUAAGUCAAGCGCCAUUCUCAGAAAACUAUGAUGAUGCCACCAUGGAUGAACUUUUGAACCACCUGCCAUUGGUAUAUUAG